AUGUUGUCGUUUUUCUCGGGGGCCGAAACUUUGAUAAGUACCCGCAUGUCGAUGACUAAGCCUUGGCCAUCUUUUGCCGAUGUGUUAUGCAACACUUCCAACAGAGAUUCAAAGGCUUAUAAUCGCUCAAUCUUCUACGACAUCUACGAACAAGGUCUGUUUUGUCUUUUCUUGCUCUGGAGAGGCAAUUCAUGUCAGCCACUCGGGACAUCUACCUACUCAGCUCCUCUCGUGACUCAGAUCCGAAAUAUGGAUGAUGUUGACCGGCUGGCGCAGAGCAGGGAGAACGUAGUAGCGUCGCUCUCCUCGUCCAGGACGUGCUGCUGUACCCUUCACCACUCCCCUUUCUCCUUCCCUUUCCCGAAGCCACUGUUUAGCACCGAUGCAAGCUCAGUGUUUUUGCGCGAUCCGGCUUCCUUUGCCGUCGUCGCUGUCGAGGCUGGCGAGGCCGAAUCCGAGAGCGGAGGGGGAAAGAAGGAUUGGCGGUUCUGGAUGAUCUUCCUCUCCGUCUGCGUCACCACGCUCCUGGUGGCCAUCGACCUCUCCAUCGUCUCCACCGCGCUCCCGACCAUCGCGCUCGACCUGGACGCCGACGAGCUCUUCGUCUGGGUUGCCAAUGCUUAUGUCCUGGCGUCCACCGCCGUCCAGCCGCUCUUCGGUCAGGCAGCCAACAUCUUCGGACGUCGGUCGCUGACCAUCAUCUCGGUCCUGCUGUUUAUGCUCGGCUCCGGUCUUGCGGGAGGGGCUUCGAACAUUGGCAUGAUCAUCGCAGCUCGCACUGUCCAAGGCAUCGGGGGUGGUGGCAUUAUCACCCUGGGAGAGAUCAUCAUCUGUGAUCUACUUCCUCUGCGUGAGAGAGGCCAGUAUACCGGUCUUCUCGCGGGAACCUAUGCCAUUGGCACCAUCAUUGGGCCCGUUCUUGGUGGCAUCUUCACGCAGCACGUUACGUGGCGUUGGAUCUUUUACAUCAAUCUCCCCGUCUCAGGGGUCGCCCUCCUUUUCAUCAUCCCUUUCCUCAACUUGAAGUACAAGCGAGUCGGAACGGUUUGGGACCGCACCAAGCGGGUGGACUGGCUGGGAAAUUUCGUCCUCAUCGGAGCAGUCACCGCCAUUCUCCUCGCUCUCGCCUGGGGUGGAACCAAGUUCUCUUGGUCAUCGUGGCACAUUCUCCUCCCCCUGGUCAUGGGAUUCCUCGGCCUGGUCGGCUUUGCCACCAUCCAAGUCUCAGGCUACGUCGAGGAGCCAACCAUGCCGCCGAGGCUCUUCACCAACCGCACCUCCGUCUCGAUCUACGUCAUGGCCUUCGUACACGGCAUCCUACUCCUGUGGAUCACCUACUUCCUCCCCGUCUAUUUCCAGGCCGUGAGGAACGCGUCGCCGUCCCGAGCCGGAGUGAUGCUCUUCCCCACGGCCACCACCAUCGCCCCAGCCGCCGCAAUCUCAGGCGUGAUCAUCACCAUCACCGGCCGCUACCGCAUCUUCCACUACCUCGGCUUCGUUUUCAUGUCUCUCGGCUGCGGCCUCUUCGCCCUGCUCGACGAGAAGUCCGGCGUGGCCAUGUGGGUCGGCUUCCAGGUCCUCUUCGGGCUCGGGAACGGCAUGGUGUACAAUUCCAUGAUCCCACCCCUCCUCGCCAGCCUGCCGCCGACCGAGGUGGCGACGGCGACGGCCAGCUGGACUUUUUUCCGCUCCUUCGGUUCCAUCUGGGGCAUCGCCAUCCCGAGCGCUAUCUUCAACGACCGCGUGAACCGCCUGGUCCGCGAGAGGCUGGCCGUAAACGCGCCGACAGUCGCGGCCCAGCUCAUGAACGGGAAGGCAUACGAGCGAGCCACGGCGGUCUUCAUCGCUAGCCUCGGCGCAAACGUGAAGCCGGUCGUGGUCGGCAUCUACGUCGAUGCGCUGAAGGUGGUGUGGUACGCGAGCAUCGCCUUUGCGGUCGUCGGCUUGCCGAUCUGCUUGUUCGUGAAGGCCUUGGACUUGAGCAGUACGCUGGAGACGGAGUUUGGGAUGGAGGAGAAGAGGAAGAGGAUGAAGGAAACCGGACGGGGUGGUCCGGCAUAG